AUGGAGGGCCAAAAACCUUCCAAAAGACCAAAGCUUCGGUGGGACAUCCCAAUGCGCCAAGCACUUUGUUGUCUUUACCGGUUCUUCCAAUGCAGCAAGAAAGAGAAAGAGGAAAUCUUCUUCUCUAUGUUCCGGGAAUAUCUGAGAAAACGUGGGAUUAAUACAUUUGUUCCGGGCAGAACGCUCCACACACAGUGGAGCUGGAUGAAAUACACCGGCGAUCUUGUCUGGUCGCAUGUUCACCGGGAUACCGAGUUCACCAUGGAGGGAGAAUGGAAGAGUAUCACUCAACGCAUCAAGUCUACCGCAGUUACCCUGCAUCUCCCUCUUCUUGAGAAGACAGCAGACGACAUUGACACGAGUCAAUGGGGAACGCGAGCAACAAUGGUGGGACUGAGAACGGAAUCCCCGCCGCAGACACCUCACAUACCUCACAUCAGAUCAUUAACACUGCGCCAACGAAGCGAAGAGGAAAGGAGUCAUUAUUUUGCUGAAAGUGGUGACCAAAGAAGUGAAAGUAUCACGAUGAGUGCCGGUAACACCCAAGAACAGAUUGACCACCUGGAGGAGAUCGACCCCAACGGAAACGACAAGUCCGUGGUUACAAGCCAUGGGAAGAUGUGCCUUUGGUGCAACCAUGAUGUUAUCAUUGACGAGACAGAGUGUUGCGAUGACCAGUGCCAGCAGAAUGAUCCCGAGCAAAACAAAAUCCCCGACCAAACCCAACAACCCCAGCAUCGGCGGCAAGAGCACCAAGAUUGGAGCCACCAGGACCAACACCCAGAAGAGCAAAAUCAAUAUUCGAAACAGCAAGAUCAAUAUUUAGAACACCAAGUUUGCGGCCAGCAGAAUCAUGAUCAAGGCCAAGACCACCCCAACAGACAAGGCUACCAUUGGGACCAUGACCUGGCGAUGCAGGGGGUUCCGGCUGAUAAACUCCCACCGUUGUUGUUUCGGUGGUCAAAUCAUGACUCCCAAGGAGUCAAUACAAGGACACUUUUUCUGGCCGGACUUUUCUGUAAUGCUGAAUGGUUUCAUCCAGAAGACGUCUCCGAGAGCCAGUUCGAAAGCUUCUUUCAAAGCCAUGUGACCAAAGAGAAGACCAAGACCCCGUUUAUUUCCACCUGUCAGUCACCUUUGUCACCUUUUCACCGUGCCGUUGCUGGCCAAAAUGGCGCUAUGAUAACCAUAAUCGAUACGUCAAAGCUGAACACCAAAGUAUUCUAUGCUUAUCCGCUUGCAAUUCGGACAAGAACUUUGAUACUGCGCGGCUGGAAGGGAUUUGGGGAGUAUCUCAUUUGGGGCCAUAUUCCAACUGAAGCAAUUGCGUUCACUGUGGAUAUUGCCAGUCUCCAACAAAUUGUACGGUCCCACCGCGAUGUGAAUCGCUUAGUUCAAAUUCCACUUAUCAGCAGCUCUCUGCGCUGCGAUACGAAGCUGCGUGACAUGCUGGCAUUGAAAAGAAAGUCGCCUUUCCGAUCUGGUCGAACGCUUGGAAAAUUGUUGACUCUUCUCCAAGUCCCAGCGAUCUACUGGGAGAACCUGGCAACUGAGUUCGCGAAGGGAUGGGGUUGGAGGCACAAGAAAGAGAUCUCUCUGUUCCACAGGGGAAUUCAAAGUGCACCACCUUAUCAGUCGGAAGAAUUGACAGAUUCAGAAAGUGAGGCUCCAUGGCCCACACCCCAAAAGACGCCUGGAUCGACCCCCCAAAAGAUGUAUUUCUCUUCUGACAGGAUUUCUGACUGGAUGUCCGAUGUAGACUACGAGCCACCCGAGACCGACGAAGAAUCGGGAGAGAUCUCCGAGUCGGAAGAUAUGGCAGAGUCUGGAUCGAUGUCUAUAUGCGACCAGACGGAGACAGAGGACGACGGAAAAUUCUCGACCCAUGAGACGUUGUCUAGUGGCAUUUCCCCCGAUGACUAUGGUGCUGAACACCCCUUAGAGCAGGUACAUUCGCAAGAGGUGAUUGAUCUCAUCUCUGAGAACGAUGAAACUAGUUCUCAGCGAGCAUUGCAGCGGGACUGGCCUUCAGACGAUGAUACAUAUAUGUAUCAUGAAACCCCCACCAAGAUCCGAGGAAACCUGCCACAAUCAGAUAACAAGGUCACCAACCAUCUUCUUCUCAAUGGUCACACGGACAUGGAUUUCUUUGGGAAAGUCCGAAAUUAG